UAAGUCUCGUGUCGCAGUGAGGGCAAGGGAACCUCCCAGCAGCAUUCUUCUGGUGGAUCUGGUUCGUCGCCUGAGUUGUUCCAGCAGCUAGUGCCGCAGGCGUGCCUGGAAUGCCGGGCGUAUUGCCUUCAUGGCCCUGCAAGCCCACCACACUGGUAGGCGGAUUGCUGUCGGGCGUCAUGAAAGCCCGAUGCAUCGGCGGGCCCUGGCCGUACGGAGUGUUUAUCGCCCGCUGCAGCAUGACUCCACGGACAGGGCAUCGGACGCAGGACAGGUGGAGACCGACCGCCGGCGUUGGCAAGAGCCGGAUCGAUCGGUGGGGCCGCUGUGCUGCUCAGUGGCAUCAAACUCGACGACACGCCAUGGUACGGGUGCUGCGGGUAAUUGUUGUCUCUAUAGACGACCUGCUGGAUUGGCGGCAGCUGGUGGUGGCGAUACUGUUGAUGGUGCUGCUGUUGGAGCCAGUAUCGUGCUGUCGGCAGGGAGGCGCAGUACUCCGCCGUCGUGGUCGAGACAUUGAGAAGAUUCCAUGAUCCCUCAUUCGAAUGCACACCAAAAGACUGACACGUGCACUCGGGUGAAGCGGUGACAACGCGACGUAUAUGCCGUCCGAGUAG